AAACAACAAAGAUGGCGGAGGAAGAAGAGGGAGGAGGUGAUGAGAGAGACAAUCGGCUCUUGCCGGUGCCAGGUAAUGACCGGCCUCCCCCCACCCAGCUGAGGAGGACGAGAUGAUGAAGAUGACUUUGCUGAAAUGGAGGUGGAAGACCAUGACAGUGAAGAAGCUGAGAAACCUAAUACCAUCAAUUUUGAUCCUAGUUUACCAACCGCACAUUCUUACUUGGGGACUGAAAUGGAGGAGUUUCACGGCCGGACCGUGCAUGAUGAAGAUAGUUGUCCAACCUUCCCGGUUCUCCCUCAUAUCGCAGUUAUUCUGAUUCCUGGGCAGACCUUACCACUGCAGCUCUUUCGUCCUCAGGAAGUAUCCAUGAUGCGAAACCUGAUUCAAAAAGACAGGACAUUUGGUGUCCUUGCCUACAGUGAUCCUUCUGACCGAGCUCCAGAGUUUGGAACAACAGCAGAGAUUUAUGAAUUUAGGGAGGAGCAAGAAUAUGGCAUUGAAACUGUAAAAGUGAAAGCCGUUGGGCGUCAGAGGUUUAAAGUUCUUGAAACAAGAACUCAAACUGAUGGAAUUCGGGUGGCAAAGGUUCAGAUCCUACCAGAAUGGGUCCUCCCUUCAAGCAUAUCAGGAGUGCAGCUUAAUUCACUUAACAGACUUCACAUGUUUGUCUCAAAUAAGCCCCCUGCUUGCCGGUUAAAACAAAAUCAGAGAUGGUGGCAAAAAUACCAGAAGAGAAAGUUCCACUGUGCAAAUCUGACUUGGUGGCCUCCAUGGGUAUACUCUUUGUAUGAUGCAGAAAUAUUAAUGGAAAGAAUGAAAGUACAGCUUCGUGAGUGGGAUGAAAAUCUCAAAGAUGAUUCACUUCCCUCAAAUCCUGUAGAUUUUUCUUACAGAGUUGCUGCUUGUUUACCUAUUGAUGAUGGCUUAAGAAUAGAGCUUCUAAAAAUCGGUAGUGCCAUUCAGCGGCUGCGUUGUGAAUUGGAUCUGAUGGACAAAUGUACAUCACUUUGUUGUAAAAGAUGUUACCACACAGAAAUAACCACCAAAAAUGAUAUUUUCAGUUUAUCCUUGUACGGACCCAUGGCUGCCUAUGUGAAUCCUCAUGGUUAUGUACAUGAAACUCUCACCGUAUAUAAAGCUAACAACCUGAACUUAAUUGGUCGACCAUCAACUCAGCAUAGCUGGUUCCCUGGAUUUGCGUGGACUAUAGCCCAGUGCCGUACCUGUGGAAGCCAUAUGGGCUGGAAGUUUACAGCAACUAAGAAAGAUAUGUUGCCCCAGAAAUUUUGGGGAUUAACACGAUCAGCUUUGCAACCCAGGAUUCCAGAAUUGGAUGAUGAAAAUCAGCAGGAAGGAUGCUGGCGACCAUGUCUUUAAUACAUUACAUACAUACAUAUAUAUAUAUAUAAUAUUUUAUAUAAUAUAUAUAUAUAUAUAUAGAUGUGAGUAUAUGUAAAUAUGAAUGAAAGUGAAUAGCACUGUAGUUACUUGUGCCAAAAGAUGAAAUCUCUUGUUCUGCUAAUCACAGUUAUUCAAUAAAAUAGCAAACUGUGAGUGGCAGGCACAACAUGGCUCUGUUGGAUCUGAUGAUUUCCAAAUUAAGCAUUCAGAUCUAAAGUUAAAUAACUGACAUAGCACUAUUUGAAAUAUGCUUGCACAUUGUUUUCAUUAAGUGCAAAAUUACAAUAUUAUUGUAGGCCAACAACCAGAUCAAGUGCAAUGAUUUAAUAAAUACAGACUUCGGGGAAAGAAGUCCUCUGAAGCAACGUGAUGGGCAUUAUUAUAAAAUGUUCCUUGCAAUAUGGAUAAAUUGCAUUUUUAUUUAAGAUGGUGAAAUUCUCAAACGUACCGUGGAAGAUAAGCUGUACCAGUUAGGGUAGGGCUAUUCAUUAGCAUUGCUUUCUUUCUCCUUCAGGUUUAGUGUAUCAUGUAUUUUUUUUUAAAAGGGGCGAUAUUUCAAGCUUCAGUUGCAGCAAUUGAAAGUUAUGGGCUCAUUAAGUUAGGGUUUAAAGGAAUACUCUAGGACAAGCAAACCCUAACAUUGUACAAAUAACCAGUCUCUUCCAAUGCAUCAUCAUCUUGACUAGGAACAGUAUUUAAUUGCAUUCCCAAGAAUGGGUGCAGAAAGUAGAUGUUGCAUUGCCUUACUUCCCAACCCAGUGCUCUUGUGCAUACAAAUGUAGGAAGGGGAAGCUGAGUAGUCAAUUUUACAAGUUUACAGUCCUGGUCAGGGGACUCCCAUGCAUUUCUUGAAUUUAGGUGCAUGGUCCCUUUGAUUCUCCAUCCAUCUGUAUCAGUGGGUUAUGAGGAGUUCUCACCCUAAUUCGAGCUAUGUACUCCCAAUGGAUGACUUUUUGUCUCAUGAGCAAUUACGUAAAAUCAACCCCAUUAAUUCAGUGGCCGCCCUUGAAAGCAAGAUAGUGUCAGCAAUCAAAUUAGGAGGCAUAGUAUUUGAAUUUUGCAUAGGUGGUAACGAAUACGGCUAUUGAGCAUUACCUUCCAAUGUUCUUUUAAAAAGCUCACUGACUUCCAGAAUUUUCUAUUUAAAAUAUUAAUGUUUUAUAACAAAACAUUAAGCAGUCCAAUUAUGCCUUUUGAUAAUCAUUUUGCAUAAAUCUGGGAGCUGACCUGUAACAAGAUUAUAGCAACUUAAUGAAUGCUUCAUUUGUAAUUUUGUUCAAUAAAUCUACAGUUAUUGGUCUGCUGAGGCUGUUGCAAAAAUUGUCAUCUGCUGUAAGCAUUUCAAAGUAGCAAGUGUAAUAUAUUAUUGAUAGAGCAGAAUUUGGUAAAAUGCAGUAGUGAUGUGAUCAGCUUGUUAAUAAGGCACUACAGUGCUGUUCUGUGUCGUCUUUCGUUCUGGCAAAUUACUUAGUUUCUAAGUAAGUGGUGUUCCAAUGGAUAGGAUUUAUUUUUCUUGGAAAUAGUCUGUAAAUAAUAGAAUUUACUGCUUGUUUAGUAAUUGAGAAUCAUUGCGUUGGAAGCAUUGUGUUAAUCGCAGGUGUUCUGAGAAGCCGUGACCUUUUCAGUAAUGCUGGCUUGUUCUUGAAAUCUUUCUCUUGAAACAAAGAAAUUAUAUUCUUUACAAAGCAAUUAAAAAUGAAUGGCAAUACAACCGAGCCCAGUGAAGAGAUUUUGGAGACCUUUACCUUUAACAGUAUUUUGCAGUGUUCUUUUAUGAUGCUAACCUACUUCCAUAAUUUUAUGUUUAAUGAACAAAUUAAAGUAUUGAUGUUUUAUAACAUGGGAAAA